GAUGCAUUAGAUGGAAAAUGCAAUGCAAUGGACAUAUGACAUGAAAUUUGCAAGACAUAUGGAAGAUUUAAUGUGAAAUGAGUAGGAUGGACAUAUGACAUGUGAAACAAUCAUGAACUUUUUUUUUUUUUUUUAAUGAUGCAUGGGGUUGAAAAUGAAGAUACAAAGUGCAUGAAAUGCUCCUUACCUCAAGAAUGAUGUCUGAAUGCAAAAGAUGAAUAACUAAUCAUACCUCAAAUGCAUAUAAGAAUAAAAAACCUGUCAUGUGCAGAGACAAAGUUAGUGAAGAAAAAUGCCCCUUUUUGUGUCUUAGACACGGGAUCCCUAACCUCACGGGUGGGAUGCUAAGGGAAACAUGUCCUAGGGUUGCGGGAAGAAUUGCUCUUCCAGGCCAGAUUCGUAAGGAUUCCAGACUAGAGGUCAGGUUCACCUCCGACACAGACCUAAUGCAAAAUGAGAGCACGUCGGGCGCAGAGCAGGGAGCAAGGGCGCAGGCUGGUGCAGGGGCGAGGCUCGGACGUGCAGGGGACCCGGGUUCGGGGCGCAGGGCGCAGGGCGCAGGGCGCGGGCUGGUUCGGGAAAAAAAACAAAUUUGAUGGGGAAAGAGAAGGUUCCAGACACCUUCUUUUUUUCUUUUUUCUUUUUUUUUUGGGUUUGGGUUUGGGUAAAUGGGUAUUGGGAUUUUGGGCUUGGGUAGUUGGUAGGCUUGGGUUUUGGAUUUUUGGGUAAUUUUUGGUUUUGGGAUUUUGGGCUUGGGUAGUUGGUAGGCUUUGGGUUUUGGGUAAUUGGGUUUGAGUUUGGUGAGUUUUGGAUUGGGUUUGAUGGGUUUUGGGUAGACUUUGCAUUUCACCCCUCCAACUUUCCAUUUCUUCAAUUGAGUCCUUUUUCUCAUCUUCUUUUCCAAUCUUCUUCGUAAAAUUUCCUUUUUGCCCUCCCCUUUUUUUCUUUGAAUGAACCUAACAAGUAAAA